CAGGAACCCUCGGAGCUUUCCAGUAGCUGCUAAGCUUUCAAUUAUGCACCUCAAUCGCGCUCCGGCUUAAGUAUAUACUUUUGAUAUAAGGACCUGCCGUCUCCAAACAGCAUAAUACCAUUUACAUGCUCAUAUUCUAGUCCGCUACCCCUCAUCCCUCUCGCCCCGCCAUGUUCUCCGUCAUUAUCCCGGGCCGACCAUGCCUGACCGACAUUGUCGCAGUCGAUUCACAGCCCAAUGGCCAGGCCACAAAGUUCGCAUUCAAUAUCCCUUAUAAUCCAUACUUUACGGAGAUUGUGGUAUUCUGUCUCCCGGGAACAGUCCUACCUCAAGACACCGCAGCCGCGAUUUACAUCCAGUACCCUGGCUCGGACUUCCGCUUCAUCGGCGCCCUGGCAAACGAAAAACCCUCCGCAGUGAUCAAAGUAAACACACCACGACGGACAGAAGCGCAGGAUGAAGACCAAAUGCUUGAUGAUGGGACAUCGGGUAACACCGCGAACAGCGCUAUGGUGACAUUAGGGAUAUCGCUUGAGCCGGUGCAGGUGGUUGCGCCGCAGCUUGCUUCUCUAGAAGCUGCAGAGAAGUCGGGGGCAACAAGUACAUCGACAGAGCUUGUUCGACAAACGCCGCAGCAGAAGGGAAUGACUACGAAAGUUCUCGCGCAGCGAAUUGUUGGGAAUGCGUUCAAUUUCUUGGCGAGCUUUGCCUCGUCGGAUCCCUCGAAUAAGGGCCAGGAGGUUGUUCCGCUGAAGGCGUUCCAGGAUUGGUGGACGAAGUUCGAACGCCGCGUGAAUAUGGAUCCGACGUUUUUGGAACGCGAGGACCCGAGAGCCUCGGGUUAAACCUCUUUUUGCGUGCUGGAAUUUCAAUUUAAUAUACCUCGUUAUAUGUCAGAAAUAUGCGCCUGUAGGGGCGUUGACGGAAAUAUUUAUAAUGUAUUUAGAAACUGUCGGUCCGUAUUUUUUAGGUUCGCAGACCAUAUGAUUGGAUACAAAUCCAUCCCCGUUUAAAUUAUGA